AUGAUGGCAAUUGCAUCCACCAACUACAUGCCUGAACUUGGAAUGGAAGAUGCCACCUUCUUUGAUCAAUACCCGAUGGAUUCUUUUGCAUACCCACUUGAUGACUUUGACUUUGAGUCCUUCUCCGGGUCCCCAGAGAGCAAUUCCUCUUAUCAGUGUUUCAACUACGAAAGAACACCAAAUAGUUUCCCGGCUGAAAGUCCUGAUCAAUCCGUUACCCCUCCAAGACCUACUCCAAGACCAACCAAGAAGCUCAAGACAUCCAACACUUCACCUUCUCCUUCCUCCCAAAUUAUUUCUUUUGGGCCCUUCAAUGCACCAUCACUCGCUUCACAGCAAUUCCACAACAUGAAUUCCCAUGCGGAGCCUAAAAUCGAGAAAGGUUGUGGAGGGAACAUGGAUUUCGCAGCAUUCAUUUCUAAAGGUUCACACGAGGACAAAAGUUUCUUAAAUCACGGUAAUCAAGCCAACCAGGUUGCCAUGACCACCAGGAACCCAAUCCAAGCUCAAGAACACGUGUUAGCCGAAAGAAAACGAAGGGAAAAACUCAGCCAGAGAUUCAUUGCUCUUUCGGCCAUCCUUCCUGGCCUCAAGAAGAUGGACAAGGCUUCUGUGUUGGGAGAUGCUAUAAAGUAUUUGAAACACCUACAAGAACGGGUGCAGAAUCUGGAAGAGCGAGCAGCUAAGAAAACAGUUGGAUCCGAAGUCAUAGUUAAGAGAUCUAUUCUCUUCACGAACGAUGAUAAUUCAUCAUCCGAUGAAAAUUUUGAUGGCUACUUUGACCAUUUACUCCCCGAAAUCGAAGUAAGAGUUUCUGGAAAAGACGUUCUCGUCAGAACUCAAGGCGACAAACACAGUGGACGUACGGCAAUGAUACUGAGCGAAUUAGAAAAGCUUAGUCUCAAUGUCCAGAGUAGCAGUUUUUUGCCCUUUGGAAAUAACAAUAUCGAUGUUACUAUCAUUGCUCAGAUGAACAAGGAAAACUGCAUUACAGCGAAGGAUCUUCUAGGAAAGCUACGACAGGCUUUGAGGCAGUUUAUUUGA